AUGGUUGCUGAGCUUGGACAGUAUGUUCAUGCAAUUGGGACGGAUUCCAACAAUUCGAUGGAACCGCAAAGUAUUGAAGCGAUAUACAUUGAACCUACAAAGGGACAAUGUACAGGGCACGGAGUGCUCAACCUGAAUACUAAGAAGAUGAUUUCUCGACCCAAGGUUGUCGUACUACCCGUUACCGAUCAAGUAAUCCAGCGUGUUGAAGCUUGGGCUGCUGCCGAAGGUGUUACUUCCAUGAAGUU